AUGACAACAGGGAAAACUAGAUUUUCAAGGUGUCAACAUUCGGCACUUUGCAUAGUUUGCCAUAGCACUCUCCUCAACAUCACCAGUUGCUGGUUCAAGAGAUAUCUGGAUCCAACGAUGCUUAAGAAAGAAGUCAAGCCUUACUGGAAUCUUUCAGUCAAGGUUUUAAAUGGGAAUAUCAAAAUGACAUGCGACUACUUUUCUGAAGCUGACUGCUAUGUUAUCUUGAACUUACCCACGGCAUCUGCUCGUACAUAUCGCACCAAGACGAUUGAUAAUAGCAACAAACCUGUAUGGAAUGAAACCUUCCACUUCAGGUUGCAGAGCAAUGUCAAGAAUAUAUUGGAGUUCCAAGUCUAUGACAGUGACCAGUAUAGAGAUGAUCUUAUUGGCACUGUCCUGUUUGACAUUGAUAACCUCACACCAGAGAAGAUGGAGAACAAAUGUUUCAUUUUAAAUGAUAAGACCAAAGAUGAGCUGUGGGUGGAGUUUGAGAUGACAAAGAGCUCUGAUGAGCCGAGCCCAUGCAUGUCUAAUGGGGUGUUGGUGGUAAGAACCCAUUGCAGUUUUAUCACCUGUUUCAAGUGUUACAGAGCAGGUCCUUUUUGUGAGCUGACGGUGGGGAUAGACAAGCUUUUUAAGAACUCUGGAGCAAUACGUAAUAUGGUGUUGAACCUGAAAGGGGCAUAUAAAGAGGAUCAUGUCAUCUCACAAGAGGAGGAUCAGAAAUCCUUAAAGCCAUUAUGUUAUUACAUCAACCGAAACAUGGAAACUGAACUUAAUCUGACGUCUAUAAGUUCUGAGAAAAAUCAAGUUGAUACUGCAAAUCAAAAGACUCAAGACACUGAGACUUCUAUCCCUUUAAAAUCACUACCAUCCAAUUACCAAAUGACAGUGUCUUUGCCCCUGGCACAGGAAAAAGUUGAUGUGGAGCUGAAAGCGGACGAUCGUUCUCCUGAGAAGCUCGAUGUACGUCUGGAAUUUGAUAUCCCGAAGGAAGAAAAGAAUUUUCUGGUAAAGAGGAGUAAAGUUGUAUCACAGGCACUUCAGAAAGUUCUGAAUCUCACCACUACACCUGAACCCAGAAAGGUUGCUGUGAUAGCUGUGGUGUGUUCAGGAGGUGGGAUGAAUCUGAGUUAUUCUAAAGAAUCUGGCAGAUCUGUUGUUAAGAGCCUUUUUGUCUGUUUUUCAGCUUUAGCUUCUCUUUAUGGUGACCCUAACUGGUCUAAAAGUGACAUCAUUAAGUUCAUAGAGUCUUCAAAGAAAGAAAUCUCUAAAAGUACAACGAAUUUAUUUUCCUGUGAGCAGCUGUCAUACUACAAAACGAAGAUGGAGGAAAGAGGAAAAGAAGGGCAUAUUGUCUCUCUUAUUGACAUGUGGGGUCUAGCUAUAGAGUAUCUUAUUCAAGGAAAGAAACCCUUCGGUACACUGACUGAAAUGCAAAAGGCAGUGUCAGAAGGCCAAAACCCUUUACCCAUCUUCACAGCUGUUAAUAUGAAGGACGGCAAUUUAAAAUGUGCAGCAGAGGCCGAAUGGUGUGAGUUCACCCCAUAUGAAGUUGGCAUUUCUAAGUAUGGUGGGUUUGUACCUGCUCAGAAUUUUGGGAGUGAAUAUUAUCUUGGUCACCUGGUCAAGAAACUUCCUGAAACUGGGGUGUCAUUUCUGUUGGGAAUAUGGAGCAGUGUUUUCUCUCUGAAUCUGACAAGUAUCUGGCAACACGCAACUGGCAUCACCCCUUCAUGGACCCAAGGGGCUGAAAAGGAAGCGAGUAACACAAAACCUGAGAAUAAGCCAAAAAAACUCAGCAUGGCCUUUUUGAGCCCAGUGGCCGACUCAGCUAAAAAGGUGAGCAGUUUUAUGAACAGUCGCCCAAUCAUCAGCCAGAUGUCCAACUUCCUGAGGGGUCUGCAGCUACACCGGGAUUACAGCGAGAACUCUGCCUUCGUCGCAUGGAAAGAAAAACAUGCUGAUGCCUUUCCUAACACCCUGACUCCAAUGGAUUCCAUGCUUAGCUUAGUUGAUGGUGGAUUUGCCAUAAAUUCAGGAUUCAUCCCUGUGUUAGGCUCUCAAAGACAUGCAGAUGUCAUUCUUUCUCUAAACUACUCCUGGGACCAAGACCAGUUUAAAGUCCUGAAGCAAACGUAUGACUACUGUACUGAUCGCAAGAUUCCAUUUCCAAAGAUUGAUUUCAAAAAGGCGGAGUCAGAGCCGAUACAGGAAGUUUAUGUGUUUGAGGAUCAAGAAAAUCCAGAGGUUCCAAUAGUGAUUCACUUUCCCUUUGUCAACAUUACAUACAAACAAUUCAAGGCUCCUGGUGUGAAAAGAGUUGGCGAAAAGGAACUUAAGGAGGGAGAUGUUAAUGUUAACCUCACUGGUGACUCCUCCCCUUACAUCACUCGCAAAAUUACAUACACACCGGAGAACUACGACAAGUUAAUUAACCUCACUUCCUACAACAUCCUAAACAACAAAGAUGCUAUUUUGGAAAUGCUGAACCAAGCAGUUAAGACAGUGGUUCUCAAUCCUGGGAAAACUAGCUUGUCAAGCUGUCAACAUUUUGCAAAGUUUGCCAUAUAUUGUGGCACGCUACUCAACAUCACCAGUUGCUGGUUCAAGAGAUAUCUGGAUCCAACGAUGCUCAAGAAAGAAGUCAAGCCUUACUGGAAUCUUUCAGUCAAGGUUUUAAAUGGGAAUAUCAAAAUGACAUGCGACUACUUUUCUAAAGCUGACUGCUAUGUUAUCUUGAACUUACCCACGGCAUCUGCUCGUACAUAUCGCACCAAGACGAUUGAUAAUAGCAACACACCUGUAUGGAAUGAAACCUUUUACUUCAGGUUGCAGAGCAAUGUCAAGAAUAUAUUGGAGUUCCAAGUCUAUGACAAUGACCCGUAUAUGAAAGAUGAUCUUAUUGCCACUGUCCUGUUUGACAUUGAUAACCUCACACCAGAGAAGAAGGAGAAUUUUUUUUUAAUUUUAAAUGAUACAACCAAAGAUGAGCUGUGGGUGGAGUUUGAGAUGACAAAGAGCUUUGAUGAGCCGAGCCCAUGCAUGUCUAAUGGGGUGUUGGUGGCAGGUCCUUUUUGUGAGCUGACGGUGGGGGUAGACACGCUUCUUAAGAACUCUGGAGCGAUACGUAAUAUGGUGUUGAACCUGAAAGGGGCAUAUAAAGAAGAUCAUGUCAUCUCACAAGAAGAGAAUCAGAAAUUCUUAAAGACAUUAUGCUAUUACAUCAACCGAAACCUGGAAACUGAACUUAAUCUAACAGGUGUAAUCUUUGGUGAAAAUUCUGAAAAUAAUCAAGUUGAUGGUGCAAAUCAAAAGAGUGAAGACACUGAGACUUCUAUCCCUUUAAAAGCACUACCAUCCAAUUACCAAGCUACAGUGUCUUUGCCCCUGGCACAGGAAAAACUUGAUGUGGAGCUGAAAGCGGACGAUCGUUUUACUGAAGAGCUCGAUGUACGUCUGGAUUUUGAUAUCCCGAAGGAAGAAAAGAAUUUUCUGGUAAAACGGAGUAAAGUUGUAUCACAGGCACUUCAGAAAGUUCUGAAUCUCACCACUACACCUGAACCCAGCAAGGUUCCUGUUAUAGCUGUGGUGUCUUCAGGAGGUGGGACUCGAGCAAUGACGGGCACCUAUGGAGCUCUUAGAGGUCUGCAGAAGCUCCAACUCCUUGAUGCUGUCAGCUACAUCACAGGGCUUUCUGGCUCCACCUGGACUUUAGCUUCUCUUUAUGGCGACCCUAACUGGUCUAAAAGUGACAUCAUUAAGUUCAUAGAGUCUUCAAGGAAAGAAAUCUCUAAAAGUACAUUCAGUAUAUUUUCCCAUGAGCAGCUGUUGUACUACAAAAAGAAGAUGGAGGAAAGAGGAAAAGAAGGGCAAACCAUCUCUCUUAUUGACAUGUGGGGUCUAGCUAUAGAGUAUCUUAUUCAAGGACAGAAACCCUUCGGUACACUGACUGAAAUGCAGAAGGCAGUGUCAGAAGGCCAGAAUCCUUUACCCAUCUUCACAGCUGUUAAUAUGAAGGACGGCAAUUCAGAAUUUACAGCAGAGGCUGAAUGGUGUGAGUUCACCCCGUAUGAAGUUGGCAUUUCUAAGUAUGGUGGGUUUGUACCUGCUCAGAAUUUUGGGAGUGAAUAUUAUCUUGGUCACCUGGUCAAGAAACUUCCUGAAACUGGGGUGUCAUUUCUGUUGGGAAUAUGGAGCAGUGUUUUCUCCCUGAAUCUGACAAAUAUCUGGGAUGCCGCAACUGGCAUCACCCCCUCAUGGAGCCCAGAGGCUGAAAAGGAAGGGAGUAACACAAAAACUGAUAAUAAGCCAAAAACAAUCAGCACGUCUGUGGUGAGCCCAGUGGCUGACUCAGCUAAAAUGGUGAGCAGUUUUAUGAACAGUCGCCCAAUCAUCAGCCAGAUGUCCAACUUCCUGAGGGGUCUGCAGCUACACCGGGAUUACAGCCAGAACUCUGCCUUCGUCGCAUGGAAAGAAAAACAUGCAGAUGCCUUUCCUAACACAAUGACUCCAGUGGAUUCCCUGCUUAGCUUAGUUGAUGGUGGAUUUGCCAUAAAUUCAGGAUUCAUCCCGGUGUUAGGCUCUCAAAGACAUGCAGAUGUCAUUCUUUCUCUAAACUACUCCUGGGACCAAGACCAGUUUAAAGUCCUGAAGCAAACGUAUGACUACUGUACUGAUCGCAAGAUUCCAUUUCCAAAGAUUGAUUUCAAAAAGGUGGAGUCAGAGCCGAUACAGGAAGUUUAUGUGUUUGAGGAUCAAGAAAAUCCAGAGGCUCCAAUAGUGAUUCACUUUCCCUUUGUCAACAUCACAUACAAACAAUUCAAAGCUCCAGGUGUGAAAAGAGUUGGUGAAAAGGAACUGAAGGAGGGAGAUGUUAAUGUUAACCUCACUGGUGACUCCUCCCCUUACAUCACUCACAAAGUUACAUACACACCAGAGGACUACGACAAGUUAAUUAACCUCACUUCCUACAACAUCCUAAACAACAAAGAUGUCAUUUUGAAAACCCUGAACCAAGCAGUUAAGAGAAAAUCCAAAUAAAAAGUUCAUGUCCUUCAAUGAAGCUGGCUAACAAAAUCACAAAAGUCGUAGGAACAGUGAUCUGGAUCUUUUUAGUAUUUGCUUUAAAUGUCCAUCCAGAAAAGUAAUUUAAUCCCUCACUAUGUCAACAGUGUUUAAAUGUAUUAAAGGGGCCAUGGCAUGAACAUUUUAGCUUUGCCACUUUGUAGGUGUGAGCAAAAAUUAGGUCAUUGAAAUAUGGCUCUCUUUAUGAUGUCACAAGGAGAUCUUAUUAUAAUAAUACCACCCAUUAAUCUGCACUAUCCAACCACAGCACUGCCAUUAAGUCAAGAGAGAAAGAGAGAGAGAGAAAAAAUAAUUGACAGCAAAAUUUAGUUUGAAUUGCAUU